CUGUGCGCUUCGAAUCCGCUCGGCACAAGGAUCAGUCACUGUUCAAUCAACCCCUCCGGAAUUUCGCUUCGACCAUGCGACCGCUUUGAUUAGCACUGCGCCGUCAAGUAGCCCUCGGUAGCCAUCGGAGCAUCGACAGCAGCACCCGCGCGCGACGAUCCAGGCAUGCGUUUCCCGACUGACUGCCGUUGCGCCUAAAGUCCACGCAAGACACUCGACUCGCCUCCGAGACGGGAGAACGCGCUGCUAAGCCGGGAGAGCAGGAUGGCGUACAACGGUCAAUAUGCUGGGGGGCCGGGACCGGGACUGGGACCGCAGCGCCCUCCGCCGCAGCGACAGUACCCUCCAGGCCCCGGGGGUCCUCCCCAGCAGUACAAUGCGCCGCCGCAGCACCAGCAGUACGAUCAGCACCAGGACGGUUACGGCCACGCUUACGAUGGUUACGGCAAUGGAUACGAUCAGAGCUAUGGUCAGGGGUAUGGCGGACAGUACGACGACAGGGGCUACGAAAGAGGAGGUCCUCCGAAUCAGGACUACCAGCAGGACUACCAACAGGACUACCCGCAGGAAUACCAGCAGGAAUACUACGAUCCCGGGCCGAACGCACCGGGUAGGGGCGGGCCACCGAUGCCGGGAGGAAGAGGGGGUCCCAUGAGGCCUCCGCCCGGAGAUGCUGGACGAGGGGGCCCCUACCCGCCUCGUGGCGGCGGCUACGCACCAGGUCCUGGUGGUCCCCCAGGCCCCGCAGGCCGCGGCUAUCCUCCCCCCAGCCGAGAUGGUCGGCCCGCAAACUUGGAUCCUGGCGCGAAUCGCCCACCCACGGGUGGUCCCCGCCCGGCAAGUCCUGGCGGCCCAGGUUUUGGAGGCCCUUUCCCCGCGUUCCCUGGUGCGCAACACAAGACGGAUCUGGAACGGGAGCAGCAAAUCGUAGCGCAGAUGGCAGGCAUGGAUAUCUCGGCGCAAGGCCAGAGGCCCCCCGGAAGGGGCCCCAACGGUGCGCCCCCGCAACAACGGGGUCCAAUGCGCCCUCCUCCAAACGGCUAUGGGGGACCGGGUCCGAUGGGACUCCCUCGUGCUGCGACACAACCCUAUCCUCCGCAUGACUACCCUGAUCAACGGCGCGGUCCUCAUCCGGGACCUGGAUACGGCCCCCAGGCGGGCGCCUACCCGGAAGACGGUUUCGGUCCUCCGCCUCGAAGCAUGACCAUGCCGGCUAGAGACCACAUGGAUAUGCGCCAAGCGGGCCCUCCAAUCCGCCGGGAUAGUGCUGGUGCGCCCUACAGCGACCCCGUUGCUCGCGGCAUGCCACAGAGACCGAGUACCGCACAAGGGAUGCGACAGCCACCUCAGAGGAUAUACCCACCAAACAACAACGGCCCUCCUCAAGAGGGAUACCGGGAACCCCCGCACAGGGCCGGUCCAGACUCGGGUUACGGAGGCCAGGACCGUCCUUCGUCCAUCGACAAUUUCUACGACUAUUACGGGGCCAACGAUGGCUAUCCGGCGCAGAACCCUGCAUCAGAAACCUCCGAGCUUCCGAACUUUGAUGCCAUAUCGUCGCAGCGCCCUAGGACCUCGUUCGACAGACACAUGCAAGCCGGUCCGCAGCCGCGGGAGCAGGCUCAGCGUGGGCCCGGCCGGUACCCCGAGGUCAGCAGGGCAAAGUCUCAGCCCGACUUACGCAACUCGCAGACUGCCGUAUUCGAGAUGGCCGGCGACGUUCCCCCGCUACCUACGCAGCAGCCAGGCCAGCCGCACCAGCCACCACCAGGAGGAGGCUUGCCCGGCGGUCCCCAGCCGUACCAGCAGCGGUCGCCUCCUCCGCCUGGGCAACCUGGUCCGGCUCCCGGACCGGGCUUGCCUCCAGGCCCAGCUCCGUACAGACCCGGAGCACAGCCGCCGCCUCAAUCAGGUCCCAACCCGGACAGUCUGCCCUCGCAUCCUACACCUGUCCGUCCAGGCCACAUGCCCGGCUCGGUGGUGAACCUCAACGACCGGCCGCCGCCAGUGAGGAAUUACAGCGGCGGCACUAACUAUAGCGCUAAUUCCAGCUACAGCGGCAACGCGCCGGCCCCGGCCGCUGGUGGCUACCCGCAGGGCCCGCCGCCUCCGCAUCAAGCAGCCAAUUCGCCUGCCCCAAAGCAGGCGGAAGCCCCCGUCACCGUUGAGGAGCUGGAGCACCUGCGCGCCGUCGUGAAGAACGACGCGGGCGACCAAGCCUCGGCGCUGCGCCUCGCCAAGCGCCUCGUUGAAGCCUCGGACGCGCUGGUGCCUAACCUCCCGGACCCGAAGGCGCGCGCGCGGUCCCGCGAACGGUACCUGGUCGACGCCCACAAGAUCCUCCGCAAGCUCGAAAAGGCCAACAAUCCGGACGCCAUGUUCUUCCUCGCCGACUGCCUCGGGCGCGGGCUCUUCGGCAGCGAGCCGGACAACGCGCACGCCUUCUCGCUCUACCAGUCGGCCGCCAAGCUGGGCCACGCGGCGGCGGCGUACCGCACGGCCGUGUGCUGCGAGAUCGGCAACGACGAGGGCGGCGGCACGCGCAAGGACCCGCUCAAGGCCAUCCAGUGGUACAAGCGCGCGGCCACGCUCGGCGACACGCCCGCCAUGUACAAGGUCGGCAUGAUCCUGCUCAAGGGCCUGCUGGGCCAGCCGCGCAACCCGCGCGAGGCCAUCAGCUGGCUCAAGCGCGCCGCGGAGCGCGCCGACGCCGAGAACCCGCACGCGCUGCACGAGCUGGCCCUGCUGUACGAGAGCGCCGAGCCCAACGACGUGAUCAUCCGCGACGAGCCCUACGCCUUCAGCCUGUUCAAGCAGGCCGGCGAGCUGGGCUACAAGUUCAGCCAGUUCCGCCUCGGCUGCGCCUACGAGUACGGCCUGCUCGGCUGCCCCAUCGACCCGCGCCAGUCCAUCCAGUGGUACAGCCGCGCCGCCACCCAGGGCGAGCACCAGAGCGAGCUGGCCCUCUCGGGCUGGUAUCUGACCGGCAGCGAGGGCGUGCUGCAGCAGAGCGACACCGAGGCCUAUCUCUGGGCCCGCAGGGCCGCCAUGGCCGGCCUGGCCAAGGCCGAGUAUGCCAUGGGCUACUUCACCGAGGUCGGCAUCGGCGUGCCGGCCAACCUGGAGGAUGCGAAGAGGUGGUAUUGGAGGGCUGCUGCCCAGGAUUUCCCCAAGGCAAGAGAGCGGCUCGAAGACCUCAAGCGCUCCGGCAAGAGCGGCCCGCGUCCGAGGGAGAGGAUAUCGCGCAGCAAGAUUGGCAAGCAGCAGGAGGGCGAGUGCACUGUCAUGUGAGUGCCUGUCCAUCUCGGUUAGCCGCUCAAGAGGCGGUGACCCUGGUGCUCCAUGGAUAUGAAGUGGGAUAUGAGGCUAUAAUUGUUUGGCCGGCGUUGGAAGAACG